AUGAAUUCAGACGAUCUACCCGUUUACCCUACGCCCCAACAGGCCACAUACAUUGUUGGCGGCUCCCAGUCACAUCCUCAACAAGAUCACCACGCGAGUCAUCAACCACGUCGCGCUCAUGGUAAUCCUCACAAUUCGUCUAGACACCAGACACCCCAUCAUAACUACAAAUCCUACCCUAGUCAGGGCCUACCGGCAAUGCCUGGCCCGUACUCUACACAGCCAGGCCAGGCUUACCUGUCUUAUCCAACUCCAUCUCGUCCCGGCUAUCAACAAGCACCACCACCAGCUUCUCAGCAGCCUCCACAGCAGCAGUAUUAUCUGCAACAGUAUUCUCUGCAGCAGCCAACACAGUACGGAAGUCAGGCUCAGUACUACCAGACUCAGCCUUCCCAGCCUCUGAACUACAGGCAGUAUUCUCAGCAACAACAACAACCGCAACAUGUGCCCAAUCAAUCUCAGUAUGACCAGUACAUGUCUCCUCCUCAGACCCAUGCUGUUCCUCCCCCACAACAUCCACAGCAGCAACUUCGUAUGGUCUCUCUGAAUCUGCAACAACAGCAUGCCCAGACCUCACCGCAAGUUUCAAAGAAGGCUCCUGUCGUUUCCCUGAGCCAUAAUCGCUCCAAGGAAAGCCUCCCUGAGUCAAAGCUGUCCAGUAAACAGAGAUUGGAGGCUGAGUUGCGUUCUACUUUUGAUAGAGUAGAUGUGAAUCAUCUGGGGAGAAUCUCAGCAAGAGAAUUGUCCAUGGCCUUACUCAAUUUCGAUAACACUCGUUUCCAAGAGUCCACCGUGCGCCUCAUGCUUAAGCUCUUUAGCAAUUCAGGCUCUUCGUCGCCAAAAGGUCUCAACUUUGACCAAUUUGUAUCCUUGUGGAAGUAUUUGACGGCCUACAAGAAGCUAUUUGUGGCGGCUGAUCUGAACAAAUCGGGAGACAUUUCGUUUGGUGAGUUUCAAAGGAUCCUUGAACAAAUUGGCUACAAGCUCAAUGUCGAUCUUGUGCUUCAUAUAUUCCAGAAGUUCAGCAAUAAAGAGUCUUCCCCAGAUGGUGCUUCAGUUGGAAAACUAAAGUUUGACGCUUUCAUUGAGUUAUUAGUGUACCUCCGGAAGCUAACAGAUAUCUUCAAGCAAUAUGACAAAGACCUCUCUGGUGUCGCAACUAUCAGUUACCUGGAUUUUCUACUAGAAAUUAGCAAUCUCGGAUAA